AAUGCUGAAAAAAAGAUGAAUUAUUUUCCGGACGAGGUUAUAGAACACGUGUUCAAUUUUAUAACAUCACAUAAGGACCGAAACGCGGUGUCGUUAGUGUGCAAAUCAUGGUACAAAAUCGAAAGAAUGAGCAGACAAAUAGUGUUCAUAGGAAACUGUUAUGCUAUCAGUCCGGAGGGAGUGAUUGCCAGGUUUCCGGAGCUCAAGUCCUUGACGUUGAAGGGUAAGCCGCAUUUUGCGGACUUCAACUUGGUCCCACAUGAUUGGGGCGGGAUUCUUUACCCUUGGAUCGAAGCUUUUGCCAAGAGUAGAGUCGGCUUGGAGGAGUUGAGGUUGAAGAGGAUGGUGGUUUCUGACGAGAGUCUCGAGUUGCUCUCGAAGUCGUUCGUGAAUUUCAAGGCCUUGGUUCUUGUUAGCUGUGAAGGCUUCUCCACUGAUGGGUUGGCUGCUGUAGCUGCCAAUUGUAGGUUUCUUAGGGAGCUGGACUUGCAAGAAAAUGAAGUAGAGGAUCAUAGAGGCCAUUGGAUUAGCCGCUUUCCUGAAAGUUGUACUUCUCUUGUCUCCCUGAACUUAGCAUGCCUCAAAGGAGAAAUAAAUUUGUCGGCUCUUGAGAGACUUGUAGCAAGGUCUCCUAAUCUCAAAAGUUUGAGGUUAAGCCGGGCUGUGCCUCUUGAUGUGCUCCAAAAGAUACUGAUGCGAGCUCCUCAACUAGUGGACUUGGGUACUGGGUCCUUUGUACACGAUCCAGCUUCUGAUGCCUACAACAAAUUAAAGGCUACCAUUCUGAAGUGCAAGUCAAUAAAGAGUUUGUCGGGUUUUUUGGAGGUUGCUCCUCGCUGCCUGUCAGCUAUUCACCCAAUUUGUCAUAAUCUAACCUCCUUGAAUCUGAGCUAUGCCCCCGGCAUUCAUGGAAAUGAGCUGAUAAAGCUUAUUCAGCACUGCAGGAAACUUGAGCGAUUAUGGAUACUGGAUUGUAUUGGAGAUAAAGGAUUGGGAAUUGUAGCUUCAACUUGUAAAGAGUUGCAAGAAUUGAGGGUUUUCCCAUCUGAUCCCUAUGGGGUAGGCAAUGCUGCUGUAACUGAGGAAGGUCUAGUUGCCAUAUCUGCCGGUUGCCCAAAGCUUCAUUCAUUGUUGUACUUCUGCCAGCAGAUGACUAAUGCUGCUCUUAUAACUGUGGCAAAGAAUUGUUCUAAUUUUACCCGCUUCAGAUUGUGCAUCCUUGACCCUACAAGACCUGACCCUGUCACCAUGCAGCCCUUAGAUGAAGGUUUUGGGGCAAUUGUUCAAUCUUGCAAGCGCCUAAGGCGUUUAUCACUCUCUGGCCUGUUAACUGACCGGGUUUUCCUUUACAUUGGAAUGUAUGCUGAGCAGCUGGAAAUGCUUUCUAUUGCAUUUGCUGGGGACAGUGACAAGGGAAUGCUCUAUGUCUUGAAUGGGUGUAAGAAGCUUCGCAAGCUAGAAAUCAGGGACAGCCCCUUUGGUGACACGGCACUUCUAACGGACGUGGGAAAGUAUGAAACAAUGCGAUCCCUUUGGAUGUCGUCCUGUGAAGUUACCCUUGGAGGCUGCAAGACACUUGCGAAGAAUAGGCCAAUGCUCAAUGUGGAGAUCAUAAACGAAGAUGAUCAGAUUGAUUUUAGCUCUGAUGAUAGACAAAAAGUAGGGAAGAUGUACUUGUAUCGAUCAUUGGUUGGGCCAAGGAAAGAUGCACCAGAGUUUGUGUGGACUUUGUAAGUUCGACCUCAAUGC